AUGGUGGUAAAAAGCAGAAAAGAGUCACAACAUACGGAAGACCUCCGAGAAGUAUUUGAGAUACUCCGACGGCAUAAAUUGCGCCUGAACACCGAGAAGUGCACUUUCGGUGUUGGGGCUGGCAAGUUCUUGGGUUAUCUAAUCUCUACUCGGGGGAUAGAGGCCAACCCCGACCAAAUAGAGGCCGUGAACUGUCUCAGACCACCAAGCAAUCCCAAGAAGGUAAUCUGUAAUGCAGAAAUUCAUCCGUGGAAUGUAUUUGUGGACGGUGCUUCUAAUGCUAUGGGGGCCGGGGCUGGAAGUUUCGAAGCUCGGGACUCUUGGAUGAAAGCCUAUCUAAGUGUAGCUAAGCAGAUGAUCGGUCAAUUCGGAACGAUAAAGGUGGCCCAGGUAGGUCGAUCACAAAACAAACACGCCGACUCACUAGCCGCGUUAGCUUCAUCAGCUACCGAGGAUACACCACGGCUAGUCAAAAUAGAGGUUAUAAGGGAGCCAAGCAUCAGUGUGAAGAGUAUUCAUGACCAGGCCCGAGUGGAGGUUACCAAGGUAAUUGUGGCCAAUUCGUGCUGGAUGAACCCAAUCAUAGAUUUCCUUGCCAAGGAUAAAGUUCCGAAUGAUGAAGACGAGGCCAAAAAGAUUCGUCGAGUAGCUCCCCGGUAUUGGUUGUCUUCGAAUUACAAACUAUACCAAAGGUCUUUCGCAGGCCCUUACCUUUUAUGCUUACAUCCCGAGAAAAUGCAGAAGGAUGCAGCCGAAUAUGUUCGGAGGUGCGAACAGUGUCAAAAGUACACCCCUUUGAUCCACCAGCCAGCAGGUCGUCCGAACCCCGUCAGCAACCCGUGGCCAUUCGCGCAAUGGGGGCUUGACAUCCUCGGCCCAUUUCCUCGAGCAACAGGUAAUCGUCAUUUUAUAUUGGUGGCUGUAGAUUACUUCACAAAAUGGGCGAAAGCCGAGGCUUUAGCGAACAUCCGGGAUAUUGAUAUGAAAAAGUUUGUAUGGAAAAACAUAGUCACAAGGUUUGGGGUACCAAAUUCACUAAUAACAGACAAUGGGCUACAGUUCGAUAGCAAAGCUUUCCGGGCCUUCUGCAGUGAACUCGGCAUUAAGAACAAGUAUUCAACCACGGCCUAUCUACAAAGUAACGGCCAAGUCGAGGCUGUGAACAAGACGAUUUUGAACGGGCUCAAGAGGAGGUUGGACGGGGUAAAAGGGAGAUGGGCUGAAGAGCUACCUAAUGUAUUAUGGGCUUACCAUACGACCCCAAGAUGA